AUUUCAGCAAAGUUGAGAAUCUGCAAUGGUAGAGAUGCCAGAUGGGCACGCUCCGCAACCAGCGCCGGAGCCUGUAUCUCCUGUGGAGGAGUACAAGCAGCUCGAGCCUCUGAUCAAUGAGCCCCUCAAGGCUGGCUCAUCAUAUUUUCUGGUGAACCAACGUUGGUACAUGGAAUGGCUCCAGUGGGUAGGAGCGCCGAGCGUGCAGAGCCCGCAGAUGCGGCCUGCAGAUCCACCAUUGGAAGGAGAUGAUUUUCCUCUUCUGGGAUCCAUCUCCGCUUCUCAAGAAAGCACCAGUACGACUAGACGUACGAGACAGCGCACAGGCUCUUGGACCAAAGAUCGCCCGGGCCAGAUUGACAACACUGCCCUCCUCGAGGAGGGAUCUGCAUCUAAGAUCAAGAGAUCCUUGGAUGAGCACAACGACUAUCGCAUUAUCCCGGAGGGUGCUUGGGACCUACUUUUUGGAUGGUAUGGUGGUGGACCACCGAUCAAGAGGAGAGCCAUUACGCGACCGAGUGGCAGUGUCCAAGUGGAGCUCUACGGUAUUAACUUGAAAGUUUACAGAUCGACCGAUCUGCAGGGGUCACCAUACGAGCACAAUGAGUCCAAGUCCAGCACCAUUGGGCAGCUCAAGGCUACACUCUGUGCAGAUCUUGGGCUGGAUGAAAGCAAGGUCCGCAUUUGGGAUUAUUUCAACGAGAAACUCUUUGCACUCCUGGAGAGUCACCUGGACGACACACUGGAAUCUCAACGCAUCAACGUGGAGGGCAACUUCAUUUUGCUGCAAGAGCAGCUCCCAGAUGGAACUUGGGAGAACCUAGACGAUGCUCAGACAACUCCAGAUCCCUAUGCUGCGACCUCGAGCACGGGCGGAUAUGGUCUCUCCUCCAGCUCCUACUACAAUACCUCUGCCGACGUCGCGACGGUGGGUCAGCCCAUCCAGAAAGGAGUGGUUGGACUGCAGAAUCUGGGCAACACCUGCUUCAUGAACAGCUCCCUCCAAUGCCUCUCGAACAUCCCACAGUUGCGGGAGUUCUUCUUGGAGGGUAAAUACAAGGAGAAUCUGAACCGGAAUGCCCACAAGACCGAAGGCAAACUUGCAGAGUCUUUCGCGAAUUUGUUGGAGGUGAUGUGGAAGCCAAACACCACAAAGGUAGCACCUCGGAACUUCAAAUGGCAGGUGGGCCAGUUCGCCGAGCAAUUCAGCGGAUAUGGCCAGCAGGAUUCCAUGGAGCUCAUUGAGUAUGUGCUGGAUGGCCUAAAAGAGGACUGCAAUGAAAUCCAUGGCCGGAAGCCCUACAUUGAGCUGAAAGAGGCAGAUGGCAGGCCAGAUGAGGAAGUAGCAGCUGAAGCGCUACAUGCCUACCAUGCCCGCAGCAAGUCGAAGGUUGAUGACCUGUUCGUAGGUCUCUUCAAAUCUGUAGUGCGCUGUCCAGAUCCUGAGUGCGGCCGCACCUCGGUAACCUUCGACCCGUUCUUGUCAGCGAAGCUCUCACUCUCCAGCUCGGCGGAGCAGCGACAGAUGGCCCUGGAUAUGGUUGUUGUUCGCGAAGGUGACGCAGAAGGUGCCAAUCAGUUCCAACAGGUCACUGUGAAAGUGAACAAGGAAGCGAGUGUGAAAGAGCUCAUUGAAGUGGCGGCAGAGAAAGUUGGUGCAGGCCUAAAGGCAGCCAAUUGUAUCUUAGUGGAAGUCUGGAACGGCAAGGUCUACAAGUGGUUCGAAGAGAGCACCUCUGUGGACACUAUUCGUUCUGAGGACAAGCUCCUGCUGAGCGAAGUUCCAGAUGCGAGACCCUUUUUCAAGAGCGGAGAGCAACGUUGGGGCCCGCCAAGUGCACUCAACAGUCCUGAUGAGGACAUGGGUCCAGCCCUUGCAAGUUCGGUUUCGCACUCCUUAUCGCAUUUGCGGCUAAAGAGUGAUGGAUUGACACCUGAAAUGGAUUUGCCUGGAUAUAUAUAUAUAUAUAUACAUCCUGCUUGCAUCCUAGAUGAUCCGUCAUCCAGUUCGACCUCUUCAUUCGGAGUGGUUUUGCAUCAUCGAAAAUCCAGCGCAUCUCACUACGUGUCCUAUAUUGGUGUUCCGUUGCUCAUGACCAUUUCGAAGGAUGCAACUGUCCAGAUGCUGUACAAACAGGUUGAACAGAAUCUCAAACGACUCUACGAUCUAGAUGUCGCCGUGGAUUGGAAGAUCUUCAGAGACAACAACAAGUACUCAUACAUCAACGAUGACCCUCAGCUGGACCGCGAGAGCGAUCAACGGCUCCAGCCAGUCAACAAGGAGUCCAGAUUACAGUUUGUUAUCGAAUGGCAGGACAAUGACUUGCCGGAAACGCUGCUGCAGGAGCCAUGGUCUUCCAAGUGCAGCGCAACGGCUGAUGAAGUCGACCUGACCCACUUGCUGCAGAUGUUUGUGCAGGAAGAGAAGCUCAGCUCUGAAGAUGCAUGGUACUGCAACCGAUGCAAAGAGCACAAAGAGGCCUUGAAGAAGCUGGAGUUUCAUCAUUGUCCUCCAGUUUUAGUCCUACAGCUGAAAAGAUUUCAAUACACCCGCUGGUCUCGAGAGCGCCUCGACAAUGCAGUUGCAUUCCCUCUCGAGAACUUGGACCUCACACCUUACUGCACGGCAUCCUCAAGGAAGACAUCCAAAGUCACCCCUGUGUAUGAUCUUGCAGCUGUUUCGAAGCACAUCGGCUCACUCAGUGGAGGACACUACGUGGCGUUCUCACGUUCCUCCAUUGAUGGAGAGUGGUACCACUUCGAUGACAGCACAGUUCGGGGCUGUACAGAGGAAGAAGUUGCCUCUGACAAGGUUGGGGCCUAUGUGCUGUUUUACAUCCGGCGAGACCAUCGGCCUGAACUCUUUGACUCAAAGGUGGCUGAUUAAAUUAGGCUUAAGCGGACCGCCGAUGCUGCAGCUGGGUCAAGCUUUUGGUGACCAA